AUGCCCCAGUGUCCCCCAGCGGACUCUGGGACCAUGGCUUCGCUGAUGCCCCUCUCCUCAUAUCUGAGCCCCACGGUCCUCCUGCUGGUCAGCUGUGACCUGGGCUUCGUGAGAGCAGACCGACCUCCCUCUCCUGUGAAUGUGACGGUCACUCACCUCAGAGCCAACUCGGCCACUGUGUCCUGGGACGUCCCAGAAGGCAACAUCGUCAUCGGCUACUCCAUUUCCCAGCAACGACAGAAUGGCCCCGGGCAGCGUGUGAUCCGGGAGGUGAACACCACCACCAGGGCCUGUGCCCUCUGGGGCCUGGCUGAGGACAGCGACUACACAGUGCAGGUCAGGAGCAUCGGCCUUCGGGGCGAGAGCCCCCCAGGGCCCCGGGUGCACUUCCGGACUCUCAAGGGUUCUGACCGGCUGCCCUCCAACAGCUCCAGCCCAGGGGACAUCACCGUGGAGGGUCUUGAUGGAGAGCAGCCGCUUCAGACCGGGGAAGUGGUCAUCAUCGUGGUGGUGUUGCUCAUGUGGGCUGCUGUAAUUGGGCUGUUCUGCCGUCAGUAUGACAUCAUCAAGGACAACGACUCCAACAACAACCCCAAAGAGAAGGGGAAGGGGCCGGAGCAGAGUCCUCAGGGAAGGCCAGUAGGGACAAGACAGAAAAAGUCACCAUCCAUCAACACCAUCCAUGUGUGAGCAAACUGUGUUUGAGUGAAGAAACAGAACCAGAAGAGAGCUGCACUGACAACAUGGGGAUGAGGGUAGGGUCAGGGAGAGCCUAAAGUGGUGAUCUGCCCAGGACUCCCGGGGGGUAAUGCACUUCCAUGAUCUCAGGCUGGUGCCCAUCCUCGUUCCACUGUGAGUAGGCCCAGAAGGUAGGUCCCCUGGACCAGGAGAAUGGACAGCAGAUGGGUCAUCUCUUCCCAUCCCCCAGGUCCAGGGAAGAGUCACUUGUUCAACCCUAUCCCAUUAGGUCCCAAAUGGGGGCCCUGUCUCACCUGCAUCAGGACACUUGGCAUCCCCGGCUACCCCGCCAUCUUGCCUCUGGGCCUCGGAGAGGGGUGUUUCUGUGGGUCCUCAGCCUCCCCCAGCAAAUAAAAGGAAUCAACUGGGCCUAGAGGCAGACGUUACACUGCACUAGUCCAAUGUCUUCCAUGGAGCCUUUGGUGCUCCCCAUCACCUGGUAGCCCCCCAGCUGCUGGUGAUCUCACCCCUUGGACAUUUUUCCAAUAAAGGUUCUUGAACAAACUGGA